UCUCCGCCGGAGGAAACACCCAAGCGGCGGUGCUCCACCUCAUUCUGCCCGACGAGAUGCAGCAACACUGCCGUACCGGCGAGUUCAUUGUCCUCAACCUUUUCUUUGUAGUUUUCGCUUCUCUGUUUCUCUCCGCACUGUCGCUCAACCAAGUAUCCAACUCACAUUGGCGUCCCGCCACCGCCACUUGGUACGGUGACCCCGACGGCGACGGCAGUGACGGUGGGGCAUGUGGGUACGGAUCGCUAGUAGAUGUAAAACCAUUAAAGGCGAGGGUGGGAGCUGUGAGUCCGAUUCUCUUUAAAGAUGGAGAAGGUUGCGGAGCUUGUUAUAAGGUGAAAUGCUUAGACGAAGAGAUAUGUUCAAGACGAGCCGUUACGAUUAUCGUCACGGACGAGUGUCCCGGUGGGUACUGCUCCGGUGGCCGUACUCACUUCGACCUCAGCGGCGCUGCUUUUGGCCGGAUGGCUGUUGCUGGUAACAAUGGUCAGCUCAGGAAUCGAGGCGAGAUCUCUGUCAUCUACCGAAGAACUCCAUGCAAGUACCCAGGAAAGAACAUCGCCUUCCAUGUGAACGAAGGCUCAACGGCAUUCUGGUUAUCGCUACUAGUGGAGUUUGAAGAUGCAGAUGGAGAUGUUGGAACAAUGCACAUAAGAGAAGCAAGUUCGAGUGAGUGGAUGGAGAUGAAGCACUUGUGGGGAGCAACUUGGUGCCUAAAUGGGGGACCCUUACAAGGACCAUUUUCAGUGAAGCUAACGACAUUAUCGACAGGUCGAUCUCUCUCUGCAAGAGAUGUUAUACCAAGGAACUGGUCUCCUAAGGCCACUUACACUUCUCGCCUUAACUUCUUCUGACCAUCUCUACUUUACUAUCAAGAAGAGAGAGAUCAUCUCACCAAAGUAUAUAUAAUAGGGUAUAUAAAGAACCCUU